UCGUAUCAGAAGCUGCCUUACACCACCGCUCUCCCCCGGUUUCCCGGUAUUACGGCCAAGCCAAAAUUGAUUUCCCGUCAAACCCAGAUGGAAAAAGAGCCACUCCUCCCUUAUAUAAACCCCAGAAGGUCUCAACCUUCACCACCACCGGCAUUCUCCCUUGUCCCUUUACCUGAAAACAAUGAAAUCACCAUCCCGCCUUUAUCCUCCACCCCAUCAAAAGAACUGAAAGAUAGAUUCAUUUUUGGAUCCCCUUUAUUGUCAUCUUCCCCUUUGAAAGACUCUUCCUUUUCAACCCUUCUUGAUGCAUUAACAUUAAGCGUGACCUCUCCUAAGCCUACAAAGUCCAAUCUGGAUGAUGAAAGAAUGAAUCUUGACCCGCAAAAAUCCAAUCUUGAUGUGGGAAACCGGCAUUCUUGGUUGAUUGAUCCUAACUACUCAGUGCCCAAGAUUAAUCUCCACAGGUGCAAGACUGCACCAGCCAUGGCUUUCAUCGAUGAAUUCCAUCAUUCGCCAGUGUCGAAACCACCCCAGUUUGGAAAAACACCAAUUGUAAGACAAGCUGUUGCGCUCUUGAUCGUAUACUUGAGUCUUGGCGUGGUUAUAUAUUCCAUUAAUAGGGAUGAUUUUAAGGGCACUGGGACUCACACUGUGGUUGACGGUUUGUAUUUUUGCAUUGUCACCAUGUGUACAAUUGGAUAUGGUGAUAUAACUCCUGAUAGUACUGCAACCAAGUUAUUUUCCAUCAUGUUUGUUCUUGUGGGAUUUGGUUUUAUUGAUAUUUUGCUGUCGGGAAUGGUUAGUUAUGUGCUUGAUUUGCAAGAAAAUUAUCUUUUGAGGACUAUUAAGGGUAGAGGAUCACAUGACCCUAGGUCUUGUAUAAUUGACGUGAAGAAGGGGAGAAUGAGGAUUCGGAUGAAGGUGGCAUUGGCGUUGGGAGUUGUGGUUCUUUGUAUUGGAAUUGGAGUUACUGUUUUGCAUUUUGUCGAGAGGUUAAAUCUGGUGGAUUCAUUCUACUUGUCAGUCAUGUCGGUUACUACUGUUGGAUAUGGAGACAGGGCAUUUUCUUCUUUGCCUGGUCGGAUUUUCGCAUCGGCUUGGUUGCUUGUAUCGACACUUGCCGUAGCUCGGGCAUUUCUUUAUUUGGCUGAAGCAAGGGUUGACAAACGACAUAGGAGAAUGACCAAGUGGGUGCUCGGUCAGGAUAUGACUGUUUCGCAGUUUCUUGCCGCCGACAUUGAUAAUAAUGGUUUUGUGAGCAAGUCAGAGUACGUCAUUUACAAGCUCAAGGAGAUGGGUAUGGUUCCAGAGAAAGAUAUCUUACAGAUCUGUAAACAAUUCGAUCGAUUGGAUACUGGCAACUGUGGAAAGAUUACCCUUGCUGAUCUUAUGGAAAGUCAUCACUGAUUUUUGACGUGGGUCUUCAAAUUUAAGCAAAAAAUGACAUUAUUCAUGGUAUCAGCUUACUAUUUUGUCUCAUAUUCGGCAAUGACGACAAGCAGUUAGAAGCUCCAGUCACGGGCAUUUGUAGGAAAGAAACAAUGACUUUUUUGACUCAGUUCCCUCCAGAAACUGAUACAGAAGCUUGGCAAU